AUAUAUUUCCUACCAUUGUGCGUGGACGGAAUGACAAUGGCGCUUAGGUUUACGCGAGUGAAGCGACUGAUUGAAAAAUGUGCAGGAAAACCCGUCGUGAGAUGUAUGUCUCAUUAUCCGAUCGAUGAACAUAUAUUUGGAUUGUCUAGCGAACAGCAACAGUUGCGACAACUGGUUUUCGACUUCGCUCAAAAAGAGCUUGCGCCAAAAGCAGCACAAAUCGAUAAAGAAAAUAAUUUCAAAGAAAUAAAAGACUUUUGGAAAAAACUUGGGAAUCUGGGACUUCUAGGCAUUACGGCGAAUCCCGAUUAUGGCGGUACUGGCGGAAAAUAUUCAGAUCACUGCGUCAUUAUGGAAGAACUAUCGAGAGCUUGCGGUGCAAUUGCCUUGUCGUACGGAGCGCAUUCCAACUUAUGCAUUAAUCAGAUAAAUAGAAACGGCAGCCAUGAGCAAAAGAGCAAAUAUUUACCUAAAUUGUGUUCAGGGGAACACAUAGGAGCGCUUGCUAUGUCUGAGCCCGGCGCAGGCAGCGAUGUCGUCUCUAUGAAAUUGCGUGCUGAAAAAAAGGGCGAUUACUAUGUUCUUAAUGGAAAUAAAUUCUGGAUAACAAAUGGGCCUGACGCUGAUGUAUUAGUGGUUUACGCCAAGACUAGUCAAUCGAACAAACCUCAACAUAGCAUAUCAGCAUUUUUAAUAGAAAAAGAUUUUCCUGGAUUUUCGACCGCACAAAAAUUGGACAAACUUGGAAUGAGGGGGUCAAACACCGGUGAACUAGUUUUUGAAGAUUGUAAGGUACCAGCGAUGAAUCUUUUAGGCGAAGAGAACAAAGGUGUCUACGUUCUAAUGUCCGGACUAGACUUAGAGAGGUUAGUGUUGGCCGCUGGACCAGUAGGACUCAUGCAGGCUGCUAUAGAUACGGCAUUUGAGUACGCGCACACAAGGAAACAGUUUGGCAAAUGUAUUGGAGAGUUUCAACUUUUACAGGGCAAAAUGGCAGAUAUGUAUACUACGUUAAGUGCGUGUCGUAGUUACCUGUACAAUGUUGCAAAGGCGUGUGACGAGGGUCAUGUGAACAGUAAAGACUGCGCUGGUGUCAUUCUAUAUUGCGCCGAAAAAGCGACUCAAGUUGCAAUUGAUGCUAUACAAAUUUUGGGUGGCAAUGGAUUCAUUAAUGACUAUCCAACUGGUAGAAUUUUGAGAGAUGCAAAGCUAUAUGAAAUUGGUGCCGGCACAUCUGAAGUAAGAAGGAUGCUAAUCGGAAGGGCACUUAAUAAUGAAUAUAAAUAAAAACCAAUGUUCCAAAUAUUUAUGUUAAAUAAAUAACUAUUUACAUACUAUGACAUUUACAAAAUGA